UCACUCUUCCUCUUCUUUUUUUUCUUUCCCUCUCUGUUUUUCAAACUUACUUCCAUUUGCGUCGCCCUCAAGUUCAUUGUCAAAAUCUCACUCCGCCGGCGCCGCAGCUUCCAUCAACGUCAAGCAACGCGUUGUUCAAUCACCUAUAAGAACGCUCCAACGUUUGUUCGUAGUUCAUCAAUCAUCAUUGAAAUCGAAAUCAUCUACGAGUUUUUAUUUCUUUUCUCUUCAUUUCCGAAUCGAAAUCUGUUGAUUUCAAAAUCCUACGAAAAUGUCUCGUUCGCGCGGUUUCUUUCAGGCUUGUACAGCGAUUGUGAUUUGUGUGCUCGUGGCGGAGUUUACGGCGGCGAUGGCGAAAACAGCGAUUCUGAUCACUGUCGAUCAAUCCGGUAGAGGAAAUUUUACGAAGAUUCAAAACGCGAUUGAUGCGGUGCCUGAAAAUAAUUUGGAGGAAGUGUUUAUUGCUGUGAAGCCGGGGAUUUACAGAGAGAAGGUGACUGUACCAGCGAAUAAACCGUACAUUACGAUCAGUGGAAGAAGAUCAUCUGAUACUAUCAUUACUUGGAAUGAUAGCAGAAAUACAUAUAAUUCUGCAACUCUUGCGGUUUUGGCCUCUGAUUUCGUUGGACGAUACCUCACGAUUCAGAACGGGUUCGGGGCGGGUGCGCAAGCGGUGGCGUUACGGGUAUCCGGAGACCGAGUUUCAUUUACCGCCUGCAGAUUUCUGGGUCAUCAAGACACUCUGCUAGACGACAUCGGCCGCCAUUACUACAGAAGCUGUUACAUAGAAGGAGCCACCGACUUCAUCUGCGGAAACGGGGCUUCACUUUUCGAGAAUUGCCAUCUGCAUUCGGUGUCGGACUCCGUAGGGACCAUCACGGCCCAACGGAGAGAGUCGCCGUCGGAGAACACUGGGUUCGUGUUUAUGGGUUGCAAGAUCACCGGAAUCAACUCCGCCGUUCUGGGUCGGCCGUGGGGGGCGUUCUCUAGGGUCGUGUUUGGAUUCACUUACAUGUCUGAUGUUAUUCUCCCCGAGGGUUGGGACAACUGGCAAGACCCAUCCAAACAGAGCACUGUGUACUAUGGACAAUACAGAUGUUACGGAAAAGGAGCCAAUCCAUCCAGAAGGGUACCAUGGUCAUUUACCAACAUGACCACCCAAGAAGCUGCACCAUUCUUCUCCAAAACCUUCAUUGGCGCUGCACAUUGGCUCAGGCCUUUACCCACCAAUUUCAAGAGAGCCUUCGCUUCCAAACCCUAAAAAAGUCUGUAAUUACCAUUCUAUCCCUAUAUUCAUUGUUUAUACACUUGUAUCUAGAACUCUCAUAAAUCAAUAAAUACUACUCCACGAUUCUUU